AUGGCAGCUCCCAAGCAACCUCGCAACAUCACAGUCGUCGGCGGCGCCGGCUCCGUCGGGGCGCCCAUCGUGGCCUCGCUCCUCGCGACCGGCAUCCACCAGGUGUCGGUGAUCACGCGGGCCGAGUCUACGGCCGAGUUCCCGGCGUCCGUCCGGGUACACCGGAGCGGGUACGCCGACGAGGACGCGCUGGCCGCGGCGCUGGCCGGCCAGGACGUGUUGGUCCUGGCCCUGGCCUACACGGCCUACGACGCCCAGGUGCCGCUGAUCAAGGCAGCCGCGCGCGCGCGCGUGCCCUACGUGGUGCCGUGCGAGUUCGGCUCGGACGCCACGCACGGCGCGCUCAACGCCGAGAUCGCGCUGAUGCGGGUCAAGAAGCCGUACCGGGACCUGGUCGAGUCGCUGGGCGCCAGCGCCUGGAUCGGCGUCGUCAACAACCCGUGGUUCGACUUCUGCAUGCGCGGCGGGUUCCUGGGGGUGGACCUGAAGCGGCGCACGGCCACGCUGCUGGACGGCGGCCGCGUGCGGGCCAACUUCACGACGCUGGGCCGGGUCGGGCGCAGCCUGGCGGCGCUGCUGAGCCUGCCCGGGCCCGAGCUGGCGCGCCACGGCAACGGCUGGGUCUACUUCAGCUCGUUCGCGGCCAGCCAGCGCGACAUCCUCGACAGCGCGCUGCGGGCCACGGGCACGGCCGAGGCCGAGUGGGCCGUCACGCACGGCAGCGCGCUCGAGGUCCGCACCCGGGCCAAGGAGGCGACGGCCAGGGGCGACCACAUGGCCGGGGCGGGGGCGCUGUUCGCGCUCAUGUUCAGCGACGGGUUCGGGGGCGACUACGGCGACAAGGUCGUCGACUACGCGAGGCUGGGGCUCGAGCCCGAGGAGAGCCUGGAUCAGGUCGUCAAGGAGUUGGUCGAUGAGCUGGGAGCGUAG